GUUUUUGCCUGUCAACCUGAAUUGCAAGUAACUCGAGAUAAAACGAAGGUUUUGUCUUCGUUUUGUGUCAGUUUUGACUCCCAUGGAAGACAUAGCAGUAUACUGCUCAUGGGCUGACGCACAACUCGAUUCGAACGACGAAAUCAUCAACAUUUUCCCCGUCGAACUUCGCUCCCUCAUUCUCCAAUCUCGCGGGUCGCAAUAUUUUGAGGCUUUGAGCGAAGCUGCCCGCCUGGAUCGACUCACGGACAUAUUAUGUCCUCUCUACAGACCGCUUCUCCCAGAGUUGGUUGCAAGAUGGCUCGUCGAUCCCAUAUCAACCACUCAAGACCAGAAAAUCCGAACUCUAUCUUCGCUCGGUCGAAUAUUGCCUCUCGCCACAUAUCUUCUGCCUCAUGUUCGACAUCUAAUAUUGUCCGAUGACAUCCAGGCUCUCUUUCGUCUCUCCUCUAACCAGUUCGCACAGCUUCAUGAGGAUCAAUUCCAUUCACUUCUGCUCGCUCUCUUCCGUAUUCUAUCCUACGACCGUGAUGUACUCACUGGGGUGGUAGACCCAGCCUUCUUCCUCCGAGCCUGUCGCUAUGGUUCGCCAUCAAUUAGAUAUCUUGCGGUACAAUCCCUCUCGAGACUGGCCCACUUUGCAGAUGCUCUGACCGAGGAGCAUAUCAAGCUGAAUAUUGGCAACGGUGCCAUACUGGGCCAAUGGGAGGGACGCUCGAUAGAUUACAGGAUACUCAAGCUAUGGGAAGAGCAAAGAUGGAAGUCUCUGUUCUCCGCUGCGCAGACGUUCGAGGCCAAAUGGCAGCAAAAUUCAUCUACUUCUGUUGAGCGAGUCUUCAGUUUGGAUGAUCUUUCGCAGAACACUGCAAAUGUGGGAGGAGUUCUACUGCCUCGCCAUGGGCCCAUUCCUACUUCGAACUCUUCUUUCGUAUCAACACCCACCGCGAAGCGCAAUUUACAGAAACUUGGCACAUGCUUGCUACAGUCUAAAUCAAUCCUUCUCAGCGGACUGCCGAGUUCUGGAAAGACACUACUUGUUCACGAAGCGGCGAGGUUGCUGAACAGGGUCUCAUCGAUGAUCACACUUCACCUCAACGAACAGACUGAUGCCAAAAGUCUCAUUGGCAUCUAUACUUCAGCCUCAGAUGGGUCAGGCUUUAAGUGGCAACCAGGAGUAUUGACUGAGGCGAUCCAACAAGGCAGAUGGAUUUUGAUCGAGGAUAUUGAUCGAGCUCCUGCUGAGGUGAUGGGAGUUUUACGGCCUAUACUUGAAUCUGGUGAACUUUAUCUGCCUAAUCGCAAAGAAAUCAUCAAGCCACGGGAUGGGUUUCGGGUAUUCGCGACCUUGACCACGGACGGACGAUCAGGAAUCGUCGCCAAUUCCAGAGGCUCUUGGUUGGUGAACGGCCGCAUCUGGUGCAUGGCGGCGGUUGAAAUGUACGAGCCCAAUGAGAUUGAAACCCUGCUCAGCUCCAAAUACACUGGAGCCGCGUCUUAUAUGUCAACCAUUCUGGACGUGCACCAGGAAAUCGAAAGAACGUACAAGACGGAUGAUCGUUUCAAGAGUCUUCAAGGUCGGCAACCUUCACUCAAAACCCUCCUCACAUGGACGAGACGUGUACACAAUAGGCUCCAAACCUCUGAUCAGACCUCUGGAGCUACACUGGAAGCUACAAAUAUUGCGAUUUUCAAGGACGCCAUUGAUUUUUACGCUGGAUACAUCAAUGAUCCCAUCCUCCAUGGUGUCGUUGCUAGCGCCAUUGCUUCAAAGAUGGGAAUCUCCCCGCAGCGUAUCCGCCAUGUCCUCGAAGAAGAAGCUCUCUCUCUUUCAGAGACUGCAACAGCAAUCAAUAUUGGUCGAGAUGCUCUGAGAAAGGUCACAACCCGACGUCGAAACAAUCGAACCUCUCCUUUUGCACUUACUGCUCAAGCCCAGAGAACCCUUGAGAGUAUUUCGUCCGGCAUCUCCUUCUCUGAGCCAUGCCUCUUGGUUGGAGAGACGGGUGUCGGCAAAACCACUUUGGUCCAACAUAUUGCAUCCCUCGUGGGCCAAAGACUCACGGUGGUGAACUUGUCUCAGCAGAGCGAGGCAAGUGACCUUCUGGGCGGCCUAAAGCCUGUAACAACUAGGUCUCUCAUCAUGCCAAUCGUGGAGACAUUCAAUAAUCUGUUCGAGGACACAUUCUCGUCCAAACGUAACGAAAGCUUUCAGAUGGCAAUCACGAAAGCUAUAACCAAGCAGAAUUGGUCCCGAUUACUCAUACUUUGGCGGGAGGCUAUACAGUUGGCUUCAAAUUCCCUCAACCCAUCUUCAGAGCCCUCCACCCCGGACGGGUCCUCUCAUGCCAACAAGAAACGCAAGCUCGCAAAACCCAAACAUGACGCUCUGCGUCAAAGAUGGGCUAAUUUCUCUGAAGAUUUCAAGAGGAUACAAACCCAGGUUGAGCAUGGUGAUAAGACGCACACUUUUGCAUUUGCAGAAGGCCGUCUCAUCAAAGCCGUCCGGGAGGGUGAAUGGCUGUUGCUGGAUGAAAUCAAUCUAGCAACCUCAGACACACUAGAUUAUAUUGUUGGUCUUCUCCAUAACGGUGACGAUGAAAGACCAGGGCUACUUCUUGCCGAAGCUGGCAAUGUUACAUCUGUCACGGCGCAUCCAAACUUCAGAGUUUUUGCCGCAAUGAACCCGGCGACAGAUGCGGGAAAAAAGGACCUUUCGCCUGGUCUCCGCUCACGUUUCACAGAGAUAUAUGUCCAUCCAGGAGACAGCAAUCUGCAAGAUCUGACCACUAUCGUCCAAAUCUAUCUAGGAGCCCAACUUGACAGCGACAAACGAGCCGCACAAGAUCUUGCCCGUGUCUAUCUCGGUAUCAGACAAUUGAAUCAGGAAAAUCGCUUGACGGACGGGGCAGGUGACAUGCCACAUUUUAGCAUCCGAUCAUUGGUUCGCACGUUGCUAUAUGUACAACAGCACGGUGCUAGUCAUGGUCUCAGACGGGCAAUGUAUGAAGGAUUUGCGAUGAGCUUUUUCACAGUUCUAAGCAGAGCAUCUGAGACUUUGGCCGUCCCCAUCGUGGAGAAGUACCUACUGUCAAAUGUGAAGAACAAGAAAGCAUUCUGGAGCCAGCAGCCGAAACUUCCUCUCGGAGAUGAGUUUGUAGCCUUCAGACAUCAUUUGGUCAAAAAAGGGCCGUCAUCCCCUGAUCUUCAACCCCACUACAUCCGCACGGUGUCCGUGGAACGCAAUCUACUCAACCUGGCGCGAGCGGCAUCAAUGCGACGAUUUCCCAUUCUUCUACAGGGUCCAACCUCUGCUGGCAAGACGAGCAUGGUGGAAUAUCUGGCAAAGCUCUCUGGUAACAAUUUCGUACGAGUCAACAACCACGAACACACAGACCUUCAAGAGUAUUUGGGGAGCUAUGCAUCAGAUUCAGAUGGUAGACUUGUGUACAAGGAAGGUGUACUCGUUGAUGCUCUUCGACAAGGUCAUUGGAUUGUGCUUGACGAAUUGAAUCUAGCACCAAGCGAUGUGUUGGAAGCCCUCAACCGGUUACUCGACGACAACAGAGAGCUGCUGAUUCCAGAAACUCAAGAAGUAGUUCGACCUCAUCCAAACUUCAUGCUUUUUGCAACUCAAAACCCUGCCGGCUUAUAUGGAGGCAGAAAGCGACUGUCUCGUGCUUUCCGAAACAGAUUUCUAGAACUCCACUUCGACGACAUUCCAGAAGACGAACUUGGAACGAUCCUGGAAAAGAGGUCACAGAUUCCACCUUCUUAUUGUAAGGAGAUCGUUGCUGUUUACAAGAAGCUCUCACUCCAGAGACAGUCGUCUCGACUAUUUGAACAACGGAAUAGCUUUGCCACUUUACGUGACUUGUUCCGCUGGGCAGCAAGACCGAUUUCGGAUCGACAGAGCCUGGCACAGCAUGGCUAUAUGCUCCUCGCGGAACGUGUGCGAGACCCUGCAGAACGGAUUGUCGUCAAAAGGUCGAUUGAGGAGACCAUGCGAGUGCGACUUGACGACUCAAUCAUAUAUGGCAUAACGUCCAUCCCAGAACAGAGUCGAUCCAGUAAGCAAAUCGUCUGGACCGCCGCGAUGAGGAGAUUGUUUGUCCUCGUAUCCGAGGCGCUGAAAAAUAAAGAGCCGGUCCUACUUGUUGGCGAGACUGGGUGUGGAAAGACACAAAUCUGCCAAACCAUCGCCGAAGCCUUCGGGGUCCCUCUCAAUGUUUACAACGCGCAUACGAAUACCGAGACUGGCGACCUCAUCGGCUCGCAAAGACCUAUUCGCAAUAGGACUGAAGUCGCGAAGGCAGUGAUUGACGAUUGGACAUCACUCACUAAAACCAACCAACUUACCUCUGAAGGUGGAGACAUUGAUGUCGAUCAGAUUGUUGCCGCAUUCGCAAACCUCAAUAGAUCAGACUAUGAUACAAACCUCUUUGAUCGUUUGCGAACAAGUAUCGGUACUUAUCAAUCACUAUUCGCCUGGAGCGACGGCAGUUUGGUCAGAUCCAUGCGCAAGGGUGAACAUUUUCUCCUCGACGAAAUCUCUCUCGCCGAUGACUCGGUCCUCGAACGCCUGAACAGUGUUCUGGAGCCAUCACGGACCAUUCUAUUGGCCGAGAAAGGUUCCUUGGACAACCUGGUCAUUGCUGACUCGUCCUUCCAAUUUCUUGCCACAAUGAACCCGGGCGGUGAUUAUGGAAAGCGCGAAUUGUCGGCUGCUCUGCGGAAUCGACUGACCGAGAUAUGGGUACCUCCGCUAUCAAAGGAAGACGAUAUCCUACCAAUUGUUCAGAACAAGCUACGGCCUAAUCUCCAGCAUUUUGCCAAAGCCAUGAUUCAAUUUGCUAUUUGGUUCCGUUCACACUUUUACAGCGCUACGUCUGAUUCCAUUCCUCUACGUGAUCUGCUUGCGUGGGCAGAAUUCAUGAAUCGGUCAAACGGCCUCCCCAAUGACCAUGGCUUUGUUCACGGGGCAUUCCUCGUCUACAUUGACUCGCUAGGGGCAAGUCCGUCAGGAUUGACUUCAUCCGAACACUCCACUUUGAAAGAAUCUAGAUUCAAGUCUAUCGAAUACCUCCAGAAUCUCAUUCAAGCCGAUGUGUUUGGGCUUUCCAGCACAGUGCCAGAAUUGAGGUUCACAAAUGAUCGCCUUCAAGUUGGUGCUUUCUCAAUUCCGCGAAUGGUCGAUUCAGAGCAGACACCGGCAGAACUGGUGUUUGAUGCUCCUACCACAUUGCAAAACACCAUGAGAAUUGUACGUGCUCUGCAAAUGAGUCGACCGAUCCUUCUCGAAGGUAGCCCUGGAGUUGGGAAAACGGCCAUUGUGACUGCCCUUGCCCACGCCACCGGGAAGCAGUUAACGCGUAUCAACUUGUCCGACCAGACUGAUCUGAUGGACCUCUUUGGCGCGGAUGCUCCUUCGGAGGCAGAACAAUUGGGAAGAUUCUCUUGGAGGAAUGGACCUUUGCUUGACGCUAUGCAGUCUGGAGGCUGGGUCCUUCUCGAUGAAAUGAACCUUGCUUCACAGUCCGUCUUGGAAGGUCUGAACUCUUGCCUAGAUCAUCGACAAGAAGCAUACAUCGCAGAACUGGACAAGUCGUUUUCAUGCCACCCAGACUUCAUACUGUUCGCUGCCCAAAACCCCCAUCAUCAAGGUGGAGGUCGUAAAGGACUUCCAGCAUCCUUUGUCAACAGAUUCACUGUCGUCUACGCUGACUCCUUUCAGCGAGAUGAUUUACUUAAAAUUUCUCAACGAAGAUUUCCCACCGUACCCAUCGAAAGCAUUGAAACGGUCAUCAAUACAGUCAGUGACGUUGAAUCUGACAUCAGUCGACUUUCGGUCUUUGGACCAGGUGGACCAUGGGAGCUCAACCUACGAGAUGUCAGUCGAUGGCUCAGGCUGUGUGAGCAGUAUCCAACAAUCAGCCCAGCCUACCAUGUUGGCUCAAUAAUUACAGACCGCUUUCGUACAACAACGCAGAAGACAGCGGUCGUGGAAGCAGCGUCACGAAUUUCUGGUCCUCAUGCCCCAGAGAGCUUCUACUACAACCUCACGUUCAAUUCACUCCAAGUGGGUAUAGCCCAUAUGCAGAGGGAUCUGAGGUUCCAACAUACCAAAGAGACACAUACAAUGUUGCCGCCUGCGCAUCUUCCAGCUGCCAAAUCUGCAAUAACCGCCCUGAACAACAAUUGGCCUAUUGUUCUUACGGGUCCUCCAGGCUCCGGCAAAACAUCGUUGAUUCGUCAUCUGGCUACUUUUGCAGGUGCUGAGCUGAUUGAAUUCGCCAUGAACUCUGAUGUAGAUACGGUUGACUUGAUUGGGGGCUUCGAGCAAUUUGACGUUCGCCGCAGUAUUGUCAAGCUACAAAAGGAGGUAUCAACUAUUCUGUCACAAUCAUUGGGCACUCUGCAUCCUUUAGAGAAGUCCGAGUUGUAUGAGCAGAUCCUCAAAUCGUGGUGGAUCUUGAUGUCAGAGGAUGUCAGUAUCGAUCAGAUCCAGGCUGUUCUUGCUACCUUGAGUCCUCACGUCCAGGGUCUGAGCUCCUUUGAAACUGCGCUUUCGGAAAUUCUCAGCCAGAGCGAAAUUUCUCAGUCCAAGUUCAUCUGGAAUGACGGCAUCUUGGUCGACGCUGUCGAAAAGGGGUGGUGGCUUCUUCUCGACAAUGCCAACUUGUGCAACCCUUCUGUGCUUGAUCGACUCAAUUCACUUCUUGAACCCAAUGGUUUAUUGGUUAUCAGUGAACAGCACGGCGCUCUGAAUGGCUGCCGGACAAUUGAGCCUCAUCCAAAUUUCCGGAUAAUUCUGACUAUGGAUCCUCGCUAUGGCGAGCUCUCCCGCGCAAUGCGCAACCGAUCGCUGGAGAUAGCCAUGCCGGUCAACGCUGCCGUCGGUCAAGAUGUACAUCAGCUCGCAUAUCCUGCAGCCUCGACAAUAAGCCGCUUCAGGUAUCUCACUGAAACUGGCUUCGACAGCAUAUCGCCUGAUGUAGUUGAUGUGUGUUUGGACAACUUAUCCACAGCCGAGGUGGCCAUCUUGGAAUCUGGUUCAACAGUCCUGCCAGGCUUGGACGAGGCUAAGAUGACAGCGAUGCUUGAAGUCCAAUCCAUAUCGGCAACACUGAAGCCUUUUGCUAUCCAGUCAUUUACAUCGGAUUACUCCUCGGACCAAAUAGACUCGCCGUCUCAAAUGGCUCAACUCAUCACUCUCAAUGAACCAUAUGUUCUAGCAAUGCCACGAAGAGGACAACUCGUCGCGGCCAACUUAUUCACGAGGGCCUGGUACAUUAGACGACACAUUUCAUCCAUUAUGGCUAAAAUGAGACUUGCUGUUACCAAUGGGUUAUCUGUCUCUGCAAAUGCUCGAACAAUGCUUCAGAAAUCAGCCCUGGCUGCCGAAAACUCAAGUUCCAACACAUCUGCUGCUACCUUUGCAGUGUUUGUUAAAUCCGUCGUCUGUCAUAUUGAACGCCUGUUUCAAGCUCACCUGAACAGCGAUAUGGAGCCCUCUUUGCUUGAUAGUGUUGCCCAAAUCAUCAUCUUUGUGCAGCAGCUCAUCAGACUUUUUGAGCACACCAAUCUCGACUUCUCCAUCCUUUCUGCUUACCUGCGCAUUGGCAACCAGAUAUCUGGCACUUUGUCUACACAAGUCCCUAGUGCUGCCUCAGGUGAUCUAGCUUUAUCGUUCGACGAAUCAGUCGAGAUUCUUGGGCGCGGGACUGGAUCAUCAUCAAAAGCAGGAAUCUCGUUUCAGCUUCUCUGGGAGCCCUUGAAGCCCAAAACGGCAACGAAUGGGGACCAGCUUUCAGCUCAACUUUGCCUCGAAGCCCUUUUACGACGUUUUGACGAAGUCUGUCGGUUUCUUCCACAAUCGCGAAAGUCACUAGCAGUCAUAAGGUCGAAACUUCUUGAUACAUACUUUUCAGUCCUAGAUUCAGACCAAUCCGAGGCUGCUUGUCAGGUUGUGGAGGAUGCUGUAUCUCAACUUGAGCUACAAUCUCAUCGUGGCUUCGCAGUCAGCGGCAAAUUUGAAGAGACUUUUAAUUUUAUCUACCAGAUGAUGAUGUUGCAGGACCAUUCAGGCCUCGACCAAGAUCUGAAUGUGACAGCUUUGUUCAGCCCAGCUGGAAAGUUGCAGCCACUCAGUCUCGCUGAGCGAGGCUCACCCGCCAAAUCUCUUGAACGCCUUGCUUCCAUUGAUCACGUCACUUUGUCAACUGAUGGCUCCGUGGAGUUACAAGUCGUCCAUCAGCUGAUGACAAUUCAUGACCAGCCGUUGGGCAUGCUGGAGCACGUGAAGGAAGAGUUGACACAGCUGGUGGACACCAUGGCUUCUCGACGAUUCGACUUUGAAUCUGCCUUAACAGCCCUGAAAGAGGAUCUUCGAUCUGUUCUUGUUGUUAUGCUGAAAGCACAUUUCGACAUGUUUUCUUCACGUGCAAAGCAGAUACUCUCAUCGUCCAGUGACCUGUUCAAGGACUUCAGUCUCAUGUCACCAGAUGAAACUGUACUCGGUGGACAAAGAGGCGAGAAUUUCUACCAGGAGUAUUCCAACCAUCUUCACAAGGUUGUCUUGAUGCUCAACGACGUGACACAUUUUGGCGUCAAGCAGUUCAAACUUUCUCUUGUCCACUUUGCCAUUUCUGGUCUCCGAAUGAUGGCACCUGAAAAUGUCUUCGAUCCUGCUCUACCAGCUACGCUCUCUGUUGAACUUCAUGAUAAAAGAGUCUCUGAGCUUCAGGAUCGAAUUGCGGCCCAGAGACACUUUCAUCAACAAGCUUUUGGUCAAGAUUCCAGUUUGGUCAUCAGAAUUCUUGAAGAAGAGCUUGCAAACAUAGGUCGACGCCCACCGGUUCCAUCUGUCUACAGACCCCAAACGUUGGGGUUGCAUCAGGUGCGCGAGAUCCUAGGCAGGAUCACCCAAAUCUUGUCUGAAAACAUUAACGUGGAUGAAUGGCUCAGCCCCGACGCAUAUCAGCUGCAUGGGCAAAAUCUGGAGUCUAUCAUUGAUCGACUCCACAAAGUCGACAGGGGCUUCGACGACUUUAUGAAGCCUAUUAGCUGGUUUGCUAGUUGUCUUCUUCUUGGAAUCCAGAUCACGGAACCCGAAGUCUUCAGGCCUGAAGCCAAGUCAAGCGUGCAAGAAAUCAUCUUGCAUACCCCAUUGAUAAGCUCGAAACCAAAUGAUUUGCAGAGUUGGCCAGGUUCUGUCAAAUCCACACUUGGAGAUCCCAUUAAGCUGCAAUGGUUGCGACACGCUGGACUUUCGGCGAGCAUCUAUCCUUCAUCUGGCCCAACCCAAGUGGCUAUUGUGAAAAGACUAGUAAAUGUCGUUGACCAUUUCUAUGCUCGGUGGAAGACUCAAUUAACCAAGGAUCAAGUAGAUUCAGAAAUUCAAGCUCGCUACUACGCAUAUCGUGGCGAUGGAGACAAUGACGAGGCUCUGCAAGCCCGCCAUAUGCUUGAACUCUUCCCUGAUUUCGAGACUGAUUCUGCGCAGGAGGACCGUUCAGAGCCAAAGUUUGAGAGCCGCGCCAGGAGCGUUCAACUUGCUCAUGCACAUCAAUCAUUUUACCAGCCACCAGAGGCACGCGAAAAUGUCCAGCAGUAUCUUCUUGAAUCAUUGGAGGCUCUUUCGAAGACCAAUGCGAACGAUCGACGAUCACAGACAGUUUCUUUCUUUGAGAUUCAGCCUGCAGUAUCCUGGCUGAUGGAAAAGAGGAUGUCUGACCUUGAUGGAAAGUCUCAAUCCAAUGCCCUCAACAUCUACAAAGAUUUCAGUACGAAUGAGAGCACAAAACUCUUCACUUUGGUAAAGCAAGUGGAAUCAAGAUUCCGCACAAUCGCAGAGAAAUGGCCAGAGCAUGCAGUUCCGAUUGAGGUUCUGUCAAUGUGUCAGACAAUAAUGCAUUCAAACCUUUGCGAGCCCAUUGCGAAGCUACUAGUCUCCACAGAGAAGUUAUUUGAGAUGGUGGCACAGUGGCAAAGCGUCGCCAGCAGAGAGUGGUCAGUUGCUGAAUUGGUCGAUCGACUGACCGCUCUCAUCGUGAGUUGGAGGCGUCUUGAACUCCUCUCUUGGUCAAGGUUGUUGGAUGAAGAAAGUAAGAGACACCAAGAUGACGCCCAAGCAUGGUAUUUCAUUGCGUAUGAAGCCAUCAUCUACAACACGGUGAGAGUUACAUCCGAAUCGGACCUUCGACCCUAUUGCAUCGAACUUGCCCAAACUCUGGAACAGUUUCUCAAGACAACGACACGCGGUCAAUACACUUCACGUCUCCAAUUGCUGGACACGCUCUACAAAACGCUUCGAGAUCUCACACAUGACGACAAACACCUCCUGCCAGUGGCUCAAUGUGUUGCCAAUAUCAUCUAUCACUUUCGACGAUAUGAAAGUAACAUCGAGGAGCUGUUGAGAUCUGGCCGCGCGGAAAUCGAGAAGGCGCUCCAUGAACAAAUCCGACUCGCUAGCUGGAAAGACACCAAUGUUACAGCUCUUCGUGAAAGUGCUCGACGAUCUCAUCUCAAGCUCUUCCGUAUUGUCAAGAAGUACCGUGACCUUCUCAGUCAACCUGUUACAGUCUUUAAAGCACAAAACCUGGAAGAACCUCUUCAGGGAUCUGACGACCAGGAUCAUGAACUCAUCAAUGCCAGCUCCAACAUGGAAGUCGUCACACGUGCGGUGGCUGUUUGUGCCGAAUCCAUUCCAGACUGGACUAUGAGGCCUGAACGGGUCACAAACACCAUUGGUGCGGUCGCAAGCAUACGGCGCCUAUAUCAAUCUAUUCGCGUGGAGUUUGAGCCCCGCUUUGAGCUUGCUUCUUUCCGAGAAGAGCUUGUUGCAGGUAUCAAGGAACUGAGAAGUGAGAAUCCUGCUUCUGCAACCGACGACAACGAAGCUGCAAUCCGACACCUACAGGAAAGAAAGCGUCGCUUGUUCACUGAGACAAUUAAAGCCGUCAUGCAGAUGGGAGUCAGGAGGAACUUGGCCACGUCUGAGCUAGAAAGACAAUCUUCGGCUGCGCUCGUACUGGCCUGUUCGCCGUCAAUGAUCUCUCAGAAAGAGGCAUUCCAUGAACUUCUUGAUGCCAUGUCCACAGCAAGAGAAGCGACAACCGGUCACUCCGAUGACCUUACAAGCGGAGAGAUCCAGCGAAGCAUGGGACUUCUGGAGGGGAUACUCUUUAUCACUCUUAGUCAGCGAAAUGCUCUUUCGUCAGCCUUGCAACACAUCUCACAAUUAUCUGGCAUUGCCACUCAGCUGAAGAAUAUUGGAAAUGUACCUUCCAAUCUCGUUUCGUGUGGAAAGCUGUCUAGCUACCAUCACGAAGCACUUGGCCGACAUACUGCGUGGUUGGCUCAAUGUUUAACCUUGUCUGUUCAAGUCCUUUCCUUCCAAGCACGACAUUCAAAUAUCGAGAUUACCAGUCUACAGCAGGACUUGCAGAAGUACAGUGAGGUAUUUCGUUCCUUCAGUGAGGAACUCAAUCGACUCCCAGAUCUGCCCGAUGGACUUUUAACAGAACUCGGCCGCAAUACCCAUGACAGAUGCUUUGGAGAGCUAGCAGCGCUGAACGAGCUCCUCGUUAGGUGGCAAAAGCAGGAGCCUCGAAUCGCAGCUGUCCUUGCCAAGUUAGUGCCUUGGACGGUGUCAAUUGCCGAGAUAUCAGAGUCAACGCAGAAUGGUGUUUCCUCUUUGGAUCUACGGCAACUUGAUAAAGACUUGAGAAAUGCCAUCGACCAGAUAUUUGUGACACUACAGGGACUUACAGACCUGCAGCAAGAGUUCCCAUCCUCCAUCGAGGACACCGCCUGGCUCUCCAAGUCUGACAAAGCUUUCUCACACCAGAUGAGCGCGUUGCAUGUCAAGACAAUUCACAACGCCAUCCAAGGAGUAUUGAAUAACCUGCACAAAGUCCAACCUCAAGACUUUAGAAUAGGGAUAGCCCUGGUUCAAGUCGCUACACCGAUCAUUGAGCAGUACUAUGGCAUUUGCGACCAUAUUCUACAGAGACAAUCAGCUAUCCAUACAGAGACCUGCAAACUUGGCCUGCAACUCGCUAGGUCGUUCACCAGUCUGGCAAAAGACGGUUUUUGUCGUCCAUCUAAAGCUUCCGAUGGAGAAGAGCAAUCAGGCAAGCUGGAAAGUGGCACUGGACUUGGCGAUGGCGAAGGUGCCGAGGACAUUAGUAAAGAUGUUGGCGACGAUGAAGAUCUGUCAGAGCUUGCUCAGUCUGCGCAGAAAGAAGAGAAACAAGAUGGUGAAAUGGAGAAUGCCGAGGAUGCAGUUGAUAUGGGAACCGAUGAUCUAGAGGGACAGACUGGUGAACACGAAGAGGAGAAGUCCGAUGACAACGACGAUCAAGAUCAUUCUGAUGAAGAGGAGGGUCAAGACAUGGAUGAGGAGACGGGUUCCGUGGACGAUCUUGAUCCCACGGCAGUCGACGAGAAAUUGUGGGAUGAUAUGAAAAAGGAGUCUGAAUCGGAAAAAGAAUUGAAGAACGACAAAGCCAAAGGCACAAAGUCGGAUGAUCAGACCGGUGCUGAAGGGGAGAAGGAAGAAGGAGAUGAAAUGGAAGGAGUUGAAGGAGAAGAUGAGAUUGAGGACGACGAGGGUGAAGGAGCCGAACGAGCCGAAGCUGAGAAUAUGGACCAACACCCAGAAGAUCAACAAGCUUUGGACUUGCCUGAAGAGCUCGACUUUGUCGGAGAUGAGGACACCAAGGACGACAUCUCGGAUGAUGGGAUGGAGGACCUCUCGGAUGUUGAAGCUCCAGCAGAUGAGACAGAGGAAGUGGAGGAGGUGGAUGGAGACAAAACAAGCAAGCCUCUGGAUGAAUUGGGUCAAGAUGAAGACGGCGCAUCUGACAACGAAGGUUCAGAUGGCGAAGCCUUGGACGAUGAAGUGAUGGAGGAACCUCCUGAAGAAAAGGAGGAGGAAGAAACUGGAGAGCUCGAUCAACGUGAGAGCAAUCUUCCGCAAGAUGCCGAUGAGCAUGCUGGAGGCGGUGAUUCUGGAGCCGCAAAUGAAGCGGAAGACGAUGUUCAACAAGACCAGAACACCGAGGGUGUGAACCAGUCAGAAAAGGAGAUCGAUCCACAACAAGCCCAACCUGGAAAGGCUGAAAAUGAAGAACAAGGCGAUACCGGCAAGGGGGCCACUGAACGAGGCGUUGGUCGCAUGGACACGGUGGAGCAGCAGCAGAACGACGCUCUGCGAAAACUUGCAGAUGUUCUCGACCAGUGGCACCAACGUCGAGAAAUUCUUCCGGCGUCAGAGCCUCAGCAAACCAAUGGAGAUACUGAGAAGCCAGAUCUUGACAUGGCCGAAGCCGACCUGGAGCAUAUUGGUGAUGAUCAAGAGGCCGAUGCACAAGCUCUUGGUGCUGCAUCUGCUGAACAAGCUCGAAAUCUCGAUCAAGACAAGGCCAUCGAAGAUGAUCAGUUGCCUGUGGACCAAGACACCGACAUGAUCGACGCAAUGGAGCCCGAAGUACAGGACAACAUUGCAGAGAGAUUCAAUCGACUUCAAGAGCAGCAACUGGGACUUCCUCAGGGCUUGGGUGCUCUCCUGCCUGAGCGACAGCCUCGAGAUAUGGAAGACGCUGAACACAAGGCGUCUGACACGGAAGCUCUCGAAGAUGAUGUGGCGUCUGAUAUCGAACACCUGGAUAUCAGUCAAGACCAAGCAGUAACCUCUCCUCCGAUGAAGACGUCAGAUGCUGUCCAACUAUGGAACCAUUGUUCGACCACGACACAUCAAUUCUCGCUCCUCCUGACCGAACAACUCCGGUUGAUCCUGUCACCGACAACGGCAACCAAACUACGUGGCGACUUCCGAACUGGAAAACGACUUAACAUCAAGCGCAUCAUCCCAUACAUCGCCUCAGGAUACAAACGUGACAAGAUCUGGAUGCGACGAUCAGUCCCAAGCAAGCGCAACUAUCAAAUCAUGAUCGCCGUAGACGACAGCAAAUCCAUGGCCGAAUCCGGAGCGGACAUGCUCGCAUUUGAGACUCUCGCCUUACUCACCAAAUCACUCAGCAUGCUCGAAGCCGGCGAACUAUGCGUCAUUGGAUUCGGCGACGAGGAACACGUUCGCGUAGCCCAUUCCUUCGGCACACCUUUCUCACCCGCCGAGUCAGGAGUCCAAAUCUUUCAGAGUUUCGGCUUCAAUCAAAAAGGCACCAAUGUCAAAAACAUGGUCAAGGAAAGCAUCCACCUAUUCCGCGAAGCGAGGAUCAAGGGCCACAGUUCCGGUCAAGAUCUUUGGCAAUUACAACUCAUCGUCAGUGACGGUCACUGUUCGGAUCAUGCCGCUAUUACAAGACUGGUUCGUCAGGCUCAAGAGGAAAAGAUCAUUAUUGUCUUUGUCAUUGUCGAUGCAGGUGAUGAGAGUAUUCUGGAUCUCAAGGAGGCGGUUUUCGAGCCUGAUCCUGCCUUUGAUGCUAGUGCGGGUGGGAAACCGGAAAUGCGUGUCACCACUAGGAGAUAUCUGGAACAUUUCCCUUUUCCUUAUUAUCUUGUGGUGAGGGAUGUGAGAGAUCUGCCUGGGGUUUUGGCAACGGCUUUGAAGGGUUGGUUUGGGAGUGUGGUUGAUGUUCAGGUUUAGAGAAUCAGCGAUAGUCCCAUAGGCGGCACUAGAAUCUAUCAUGUACUAAUAAGUAGUACCUUAGUAAGUCUAGGUACCUAGGAUUUGAAA